CAAUGAAAUAUCCACUUGAAUCAUUAUUAUUGACAUCCGCAGCGAGGCGUAAUGUGAGGCGUGCCAAGACGAAACCCCGUCUCAGAGUUCCGGAAGGCGCUUGAUGUAGAAAUAGACAUUAAUAUUCCCGACUCACCUUUGUGCUGGAUCGAAAUUCAACGUUCCGCAUAUAAACUCUUAUUGAAAGUACGGUAUCAGCCACAGGUCCGUCAACAACGGAGUUCUUGCUUUGAUUGCAUCGCAGCGUUCUUUGCUCCUCUCACUUUCCAGGAGGAGAUCAUCAUAAGUACCUACUCAACAUGCACACUCAUCUAUCUGAUAUAUUUGGGCUGGGCCACAGUCAUAAACAUUCGCAUCACCACGGAGCUCCCCAGCAGCAAAACGUGGAGGGAAUCAAAUCAGUCGUUUAUUUUGUGAAUUGGGCAAUUUAUGGCCGCAACCAUAAUCCGCAAGACCUGCCAGCCGAAAAGCUGACACAUGUGUUAUAUGCCUUUGCCAAUGUCCGUCCCGACAGUGGAGAGGUAUACCUGACCGACACUUGGUCUGACACCGACAAGCACUACCCCACCGAUUCAUGGAACGACGUCGGAACCAACGUCUACGGCUGCAUCAAGCAGCUCUUCCUUCUCAAAAAACGCAACAGGAAACUCAAAGUGCUGCUUUCCAUUGGCGGCUGGACUUAUUCUUCCAAUUUCGCCCAGCCGGCUAGCACGGAUCCUGGACGGACUAAAUUCGCCGAAACGGCAACUCGAUUAGUACUUGACCUGGGUCUAGAUGGACUAGAUAUCGAUUGGGAGUAUCCCAAGGAUGAGAGUGAAGCGCAGAAUUUCGUCCUCCUUCUGCAGAAAUGUCGGGAGACUCUCGACAGGGCUGCUGGACAUAAUCGCCGAUUCCUUUUGACCAUUGCCUGCCCGGCAGGCCCUCAGAAUUACACGAAACUCAAACUUCGCGAAAUGACUCCCUAUCUGGACUUCUACAACCUUAUGGCCUACGAUUACGCCGGGAGCUGGGACAGCAAGGCUGGCCAUCAAGCGAACCUUUUCCCAUCCCCUGACAAUCCUACCACAACGCCUUUCUCGACUGCCGGCGCGCUAAGCCACUACAUCCAAGUAGGCGGCGUCCCACCCUCUAAGAUGAUUCUGGGUAUGCCGCUGUACGGUCGAGCUUUCGCAAACACAGACGGCCCCGGUACACCAUUCUCUGGUACCGGAGAGGGGAGCUGGGAGCAGGGCGUCUGGGACUAUAAGGCGCUUCCUAGGCCUGGGGCAAAAGAGUAUCUGGAUCCAAAGGCUGGCUGCUCUUGGUGCUAUGAUCCAGCCAGUCGGACCAUGGUCACGUAUGAUACAGUGCCGAUGGCAGAGAAGAAGAUUGACUUCAUCAAACAGUGGGGUCUGGGCGGAGGCAUGUGGUGGGAAAGCAGUGGUGACCGGGGCGGAAAAGAUGCCAACAAACAUGAGGGAAGUCUGAUAGGGACCUUCGUGGAAGGGGUUGGAGGACCGGCGGCGCUGGAUCAAUCGCCUAAUGCGCUGGAGUUCCCCGAGAGCAAGUUCGAUAACUUGAGGGCUGGUUUUCCCAACGAAUAAGGGUUAUCUAGGUUAAGGGAGCAAAAGUAUACAGCGCGAUGCAUCUAGGAAGCCAUUACAGUGAACAGGAACAGAAUUUUAAG